UUAAAAUUAAAACCAGUUGAAUGAUUCAAACCCUUCUAAUACCAUUAAGUAGUAGGCUUAUGAUACUAUAUAUACGAUAUCAGUUUAUAUGAUCUCCUUCAUAUUUACAACAAACCUGCAAAUAUGAGAACAUCUCUCUUACUAUUAGUUUCAAUAUUGUUAUCUUUCUUUAUCUUAUUCUCGAAAUCGUCUGCAACCUCAAGCUCCACCCAUGAAGAUUUUCUUAAAUGCAUUUCUCUUCACUCUGAUACUUCCAUUCCAAUCUACACCCCAAAAAGUGCUAACUAUUCAUCUAUCCUGCACUCCACUAUUUCAUUCAUAAGAUUCAAUACAUCCAUCACUCCCAAACCCUUUCUUAUACUAACACCUCUGAAAGAGUCGCAUGUUCAAACCGUUGUAAUUUGUUCUAGAAAGCAUGGAAUUCAGAUAAAAGUUCGAAGUGGGGGGCAUGACUUUGAAGGACUUUCAUAUACAUCAGAUAUCCCGUUUAUUAUUGUUGAUUUGUUCAAUCUUCGAGAAAUAAAUGUGGAUGUAAAGGGUAAGGAAGCAUGGGUUCAGUCGGGUGCAACCCUUGGUGAACUUUAUUACAAAAUAGCAGAGAAAAGCAAGACUCUCGCCUUUCCUGCAGGGAUUUGUCCAACUGUAGGUUUCGGUGGAUACAUUAGUGGAGGAGGAUAUGGAGCCAUGUUUAGGAAAUAUGGAACCGCAGGUGAUAAUGUUAUUGAUGCUCGAAUAGUGGACGUUCAUGGACGGAUACUCAACAGAAAAUCCAUGGGAGAAGGCUUGUUUUGGGCCAUUAGGGGUGGUGGUGGAGGUAGCUUUGGAAUUGUCCUUUCUUGGAAGAUCAGAUUAGUAUCGGUUCCACCUACUGUAACUGUCUUUAGAGUGGACAAAACCUUAGCAGAAGGUGCAUUGUCUCUUGUUCAUAAGUGGCAGGAUAUUGCACACAGACUUCCGAAAGAACUUCUCAUAUUUCUCUCAUUACGUGUAAUGAAUGCAACUACGAAAGGUGAAAAAACAAUCAGAGCAUCAUUCAGGUCCCUGUUUCUUGGAGAUGCUAAGAAGCUUAAAAUUGUAAUGAAAGCGACAUUUCCUGAGUUGAGUGACAGUAACGCUUUUAUUGAAAUGAGUUGGAUUCAAUCUGUACUCUUCUUAGAAGGACUUCCUUAUAACAGUUCAAUUGAUAUUUUGGGGAAGUUGCCACAAACGAAGUUAAACUUUAAGGGAAAAUUAGAUUACGUGAGACAACCUAUUUCCCAAACUGGUCUUAAAUUGAUAUCCAAAAGAUUGCUUAAUGAUGAGCAAAAUGUUUUGGUUCUUAUGCCUUAUGGUGGAAGAAUGAAUGAGAUUUCUGAAUCUGAAACUCCCUUCCCACAUAGAAACGGAACCUUAUUUCAUAUCUUUUACAUGGCGUCUCCCAACGAAAAACAGGUUCCUACAUCUGAAGAAUAUAUUGAUCAACUAAGAAGAAUGUAUAAAUUCAUGACACCUUAUGUUUCCAAGUCUCCAAGAGGAGCAUAUGUCAAUUAUAGAGAUCUUGAUUUGGGAAAAAUAAGUAGAAAUGGCACAGCUAGUUAUUCACAAGCUAAGGUUUGGGGCACCAAGUACUUCAAGGGUAACUUUGAUAGAUUGGUAAAAGUGAAGACCAAGGUUGAUCCAGACAAUUUCUUCAGAACAGAACAAAGUAUCCCAAGUACUGCGUUUUAACUAUGUAAUUCGUAAGAGGGUGUUUGGAUUACAUAUUUGUAUUUGUGCGUGCUAAUAAUAAUUAUCUCAGUCAUUUAUCUUUGAAUAUUUGAGAAACACUUAAUUAACGUUCAUUAUCUGAAA